AUGGAACGUUUGUUUGUCGUGCCAAAAGUGACCGUUUUUGAGCGAUACUAUCAGAUUCAACGAAGGAUAGAAUUUGCUGUGGAGAUGCAUAGUGAUAGUUGUGUUGAAAUUGUACAAAAAUCUUUGGAUGGAAUGGGAUUAGUAGAUAUCGAUCGUAAGGAAGGACGCGUUAUUGUGCAUACCGUGGAGCCUUGGUCAAGAAUACAGGAGAAAAUUGAAAACACCGGACGUAAAGCGGUAUUAGCGGGCUUUGGCGGACAAUCUGCUGUUUCAAUUAUAAAUAACACUGGCAGUGAUAUAGAUCGUACCAGCAUUCAAGGAGUUGUACGAUUCACAGCCAUAACCAACGAUCAAGCAGGUGUAGUAGUAGAUGGCGUAAUAGAUGGCUUAACGCCUGGUUUGCAUGGUAUGCAUGUUCAUGAAAUGAGUGACGUCUCCGGCGGUUGUUACACAGUUGGUGCACAUUAUAAUCCAAGGGAUUCACCGCGUGGCGCACCGCAUGACGAACCUAACCAAAGACACGCCGGCGAUUUGGGUAAUAUUCGAGCGGAUGAAACAGGCCGAGCAACAUUUCGUUUUGUAGACUCAAUUCUCGAAGUUUGGGACGUAAUCGGCCGUUCCGUAGUCAUUACGCAACAACCGGAUGAUUUUGGAAGGGGUUGCAAUGAGCAAAGUAGUAUAGAUGGAAAUUCUGGCGAAAUGUAAUUAUAUAACUACAAU